UACAAAUGCCUUCUCGCCGUUAAUGUCCACGUCAACACAGAGAAAUCUAUUCACAGAGAGAGAGAUCGAAGACGCCGCAGAGUCUGUUUACUCUGCAAUUCAUUCAUCUCGGCUUUCUUCUUUCCGGACACGGCCACUAUCUGGUUUCUGAUACGGCGUCGUAUCCGGUCGAAAUCCCAGCUCCAACUGCCACUGUUGGCGGUUAAACUCCCCCGAAUCAGGCGGGACACGCUCUUCGCCAUCCCACUUAUCCACAUCUGUCUUUCCUCUGCCCACAACUGUAAUAUCAAAACAGUCGAAUUUUCAGAAAAGUCUCCGCCACCGUCACGGCCACCGUCUCAGCCGUUGUUUCCAGCGUCUCCGAUGGAGAAAUCGAAUCUUUUCAGAGGCAGUUACCUCAACGGAGCUUACCAUCCUUCCUUCUCUUCUUCUUCUCGCGCCGAUGUCAAUUACAGCUGUGGUUCCUGUGGGUAUGAGCUAAACCUAUGUUCCAGCAACCGGAACACUACUACGAUUGGCUCUAAUAAGUAUGGAAAAUCUAUAAAGCGAGGGAUCAUAUCAUUCUUUAACAUCGAUGAGAGCAGAUUUACUCAGGUUGAUGAAUUUAAAUGUAAACCCCAUUUCUCUAAGCGUUCUUGGGGUUUGUUCAGCCGAAGGACUAAACUUCUUUGUCGCAAGUGUGGUAACCAUAUAGGAAAUGCUUAUGAUGAGUACACUUCAUCGUCUUGCCCGCUUGUGUUAGAUGAAUCAGAUUCAUCCGCAGGUCAUGAAGUUACUAAAUGCAGAAAAUUUGAUGUUAGAAUUUGCGCUUUGCAGCCUUCAAAUUCUGAAGAAUUUGGCACUUCAAUUUUGGAAUGAAACUCUGUACGGAUUGUAUCGUUUUUGUGUUUUACCCCUUUUAUUAGAAUGUUACUUGUAUAUAAAAGUUUGAUCAGCAUUGAAGGAAUUGUGGUGUGGAAUUUUUGAAGUGCUUUGAAUGAUUGAGGAAAAUUUGUUAGAAGCUUA